AUGGUGAAUUCUGUAUCAAAGAGGUGUGUAGCUCCCAAGGAGAAGAAGGUCAUUCUCAAGAUCAGGAACCAACAUGACGGAGGAGAAGAUGUAUACAAAAUGAGUGUUGAUGUACAUCUCAAGAAACUAAUGCUUGCUUACUGCGACAAGAGAAACUUUAACUACAAGACUGCAAGAUUCAUCUACAAAGGUAACUUUCUCAAACCAAGACAGACUCCUGCUAAGCUCAUGAUGGAAUACGGCGAUGUCAUCUACAUGCAUGGUCACCAAAUAAGUCACUGCCCGGUCCUAACCUCAAAAGCUCGGUUUAUCCCAAUCUCUUCUAGUUUCCGAUUUCAUGCUUAA